GCGGGCGGGGGCGGGCCGGGGCGGGGCGGACAGGAAGGCGCGGGGCGGCGCGGCGCGGCACAGCACGGCUCGGCUCGGCUCGGCACUUUUGUCCGCGGCCAUGGCAGGCUCGGAGCGGCGGCCGGGAGGCCAAGUCCAGUUGGAUAGCAGACCUGCAUUAACCACCGCAGAUGGAAAUCAGAACAUCACAGAAGUAGAUGCACUUGAUACAAGACAAACACUUGACCUCGUAGAGCAAUACAAAAUGAACCACCAAAGAAGAGGAGUUGCAUUAAUCUUCAAUCACGAACACUUUUUUUGGCAUUUAAUGCUGCCAGAAAGACGUGGGACUACUGCAGACAAAAACAAUCUGACAUGCAGUUUGACACACCUUGGAUUUGAAGUCAGAUGCUUUGAUGACCUGAAAGCAGAAGAUAUGCUGGAGAAAAUUUAUGAUGCCUCUGCAGAGGACCACAGUGAUGCUGACUGCUUUGUAUGUGUGAUCCUGAGCCAUGGUGAGGAUGAUCAUGUUUUUGCAUAUGAUGCCCAAAUCAAAAUUGAAACAAUCACAAGCAUGUUCAGAGGAGACAGGUGCCAGAGUCUGGCAGGAAAGCCUAAAAUAUUUAUCAUUCAGGCAUGUCGAGGUGAUAAACAUGAUGAUCCAGUUGUUGUUCGGGAUUUAGUAGAUGGCGCAGAGGAUGAAUCACUUGCCAGUGAGACUGAAGUGGAUGCAGCAAGUGUCUAUACGCUGCCUGCUGGUGCAGACUUUCUCAUGUGCUACUCUGUGGCACAAGGGUACUUCUCUCACCGUGACACUCUGAAUGGCUCCUGGUACAUUCAAGAUUUGUGUGAAGCACUUAAAAGGCACGGCAGUUCUUUGGAGUUCACAGAACUUCUCACUGUUGUUAACAGGAAAGUAUCUCAUCGCAAGGUAGAUAGAUGCAAAGAUAGAAAUGCCAUAGGAAAGAAGCAGAUCCCUUGUUUUGCCUCAAUGUUAACUAAAAAACUGUAUUUUCAUCCAAAAUCUAAGUAGAUAUCUCAACAAUGAAAAUUAUUGAUUAAUGCUCACUGCAGAAAACUGAAGAAAUGCCAUCUUAGUUCAGGAAAUUAAUACUGUGCAUUUUCUGCAGUCUAAAUUUAUCCAAAUCUUGCAGAUUAUUCUACAAGAUUAUUUGCAAAAACACUAUGAUUAAACUUGAUAGUUCUUCUAUAUAUUAGUUUACAAAAUGUUAAAGCAAUUUUAAAGCUGGUGCGGUAGCUCUGUUUAUCUCAGGGAAUUUGGGCAAAGCUGACUGGUGCAAGACUAGUAAGAGGUGCUCAGAUUUUAUUAAAAUAAGCCUGUUUAAAGAUUUUUUUUUUUUCUUGACUCAUCUAACUAUGGUGCAUUUUACUAUUUCCAAAACUUUUAAAAUGCUGCAUUAGAUUAGCUUUUCUUCCUCCAAGAGCUCCCCCAGUUUACAGGGAAUAUAUACACACUUUUGUAGGGCAUCUUUAUAAAUGUGUGGACAGUGUUGGUUUUGGUACACUCCAGACUUGUGUGUUACCUUUAAUUUUUUGUAGGUUUAUUGAGCUUUUUAGCCACCACUAUUUAAUUUCUCCUAACAGGAAGAAGGUUCUACUUGAGUACAAUUGCUGUAUUGAAACUAGCUCUAUAAAAAAGGGCUCCUUUUUGCUUGCACUUCAUUUACAUUCAGAGUACAAUUAAAGCUUGCUGGUGCUUUGCAUCCUUGGGAAUAACACAAGCAUUGGCACACCGAUACUACAUAAAGCUUGCUUUUAGCGUUAGCUUAAAUAUACUUUGGGUACAAAUACAUUCCUUGUCAGGGGUAAGUUAAGCAGAUCACUUCCAAUAUCACUUACAGCUCUCCUGGACAUCUCUUGGUGGCUCUCCAAAAUACAGCAUAUGCAGACCUUUACACUUCGGGCCUUGCUGUUGGAUUGGCCUCAGACGAGUUCAUCAUUAAGUAUAAAAAAGUGAUAGUACAUUAGUCACCGUAGGAUGUUUCCAGUUGUUACUGUAGAAGCAUCAGUAAUUUAGAUCAUGCUCAAUGGAAGCAAGUAUUUAUUAGUUUUUACAUUAUUGAUACAUAUGCUUAAUGCUGGGGCACCGUGGAGAACUCAAGCAGAGAAUAAUACCAUAAUCCAAUUUCCUGAGUAUAAAACAACUAUUUUACUUGGUCUGCUUCACUUAGAACAUGAUAUAUGGAAGGAUUUAAGUCACAGAUGUUAAAUCUUAUUAUGGCUACAUUUAUGCUUUGUACAAAUCAUGUAUGUGUAUGUUUGAAUGUUUUGAUAAAUUCUUUCAAUAAAAUGAAACAGUAAAACAAA